CCAAACCCAUAAACAGAUCUAUGUGAAAAAAAAUAUUACAAAUCCUGUUUUAGCAAACGACGUCGUCACUUGAGAUAAUAAAAAGUAGGUCAGUCGACAUCAUCUUCUUCCUCGCGCGCGCUGAUCUCUCCCUCUCUCUCCCUCUCUCUCUUCACACGCAGCGCCCAGGGUCUCCUCAACAACCCCUCAACGGCAAACUUCGUCCGGAGUAACGUUUCCGGAAAGUCAGACACUCGUGUCCGGAAUGUCGGAUACACAUAUCGGUUAGUCAACUAACCUAUAUACGUAUCCGAUGCGUAUGGGACCGUAUCCAAACGAGUAUCCGAUACGGGAUACGCCACUAAAUUGGCGUACCCAUGCUUCAUAGUUGACUAACUUUUUUCCCAAAAUCGAAUCUUUGCCUCACAAACACUGGGAAUCCGCGUGAAACUUUGAAGAAAAAGGAACUUGGUUGUCCAGUACACCAUGAAAGAAAGCAUUUUGAGCAUAUACCAUAGGUUUUGAGCGGCCCUGACCAUGCACAGACCUCUAGCGAGGGUUCCAUUGCGGUCAAUUGCAGAUUCGCUUUUUAAGUCACAACCACAAUACCAUGGACGAAGAAUUGGUCCCGACAGAUUGGAGUAUUCUCGAACUCUUACAACCUCAAAUUGUCAUGAAGUUUCGUGGCACAGCGCAGAAUCAAUUACCAGGUCCAUGCAGAUGCAAAUUGUUGAUGCACUACGCUUGGGUGAGAGAGGCCAAGCUUCCAAUCUGCUUUUGAAUCUUGGCCAUGGGAAUGAUUCAUUAAGAGCUGAUGAUUUCAUCUAUAUUCUUAAUUACUGUGCUAAGUCACCUGAUCCAUUGUUUGUAAUGGAGACUUGGAGAAUAAUGGAUGAAAAAGAGAUUGGCCUGAAUAACAUAUGCUCUUUGCUUAUGGUGCAAUCUCUAUGUAAAGGAGGAUAUUUGGAGGAGGCAUUUAAGUUGAUAAAUUUCCUUGGAGAAAUUCCGGGCAUCCAUCCGGUUCUACCUAUCUACAACAGUUUCUUAAGGGCUUGUGCCAAAAUGCAGAGUAUAAAAAAUGCCAAUCAGUGUUUGGACUUGAUGGAGCGUCAAAUGGUGGGGAAGAAUGAAGUUACAUAUUCAGAGCUUCUCAAGCUUGCAGUUUGGCAGCAAAACCUGCCUGCGGCCCAUGAAAUUUGGAAGGAUUAUAUCAAAUGCUACAGUCUGAGCAUUAUUCCUCUACGGAAGUUUAUUUGGUCUUUUACUAGAUUGGGAGAUUUAAAAUCUGCGUAUGAGAAGUUGCAAUAUAUGGUGGCUUUAGCCAUCAGGGGAAACACUUAUGUUAAUAGAACUUCGGAAGGAAAGUUGUAUUCGUCAAGAUUAGACAUUCCUAUACCUUCAAUCUGUGAAUUAGACUUGAAGAAACUUGAUUUGGAGGAGAAUAAACAUUCCAUUCCUUCCAUAUACUGUGAGAAUUUGGAUGACCAUGCUGUUAAUGCAGAUCAGUGCACUACUUUUGGCUUGGGAGUUGGAGAAGUUGAAAAUGUUGGAAUGGAUAUGCUUGAUAUACAUAUAAGCCAGCCUGUUAUGAAAAUUUUGAGAUGGUCGUUCAGUGAUGUUAUUCAUGCUUGUGCACGAUUAAGAAAUGGUGGCUUGGCAGAACAGUUGAUCCUACAAAUGCAAAAAUUUGGGUUGCAACCAUCAAGCCAUACAUAUGAUGGCUUUGUCAGAGCAGUUACUUCUGAGCGAGGUUUCAGUAGCGGAAUGGAAAUUUUAAGAAUUAUGCAGCAGAGAAAUUUGAAGCCGUAUGAUUCUACUCUGGCAAACCUUUCUAUAGGUUGCAGCAAAGUGCUAGAAUUGGAUUUCGCUGAGGCUCUGCUGGUUCAAAUAUCUGAAUGUUCAUAUCCACAUCCUUUCAAUGCUUUUCUUGCAGCAUGUGACACAGUGGAUCAACCUGAACGAGCAGUGCAGAUGUUGGCUAAAAUGAAACAAUUAAAAGUUGUGCCUGAUAUUAGGACAUACGAGCUGCUGUUUUCGUUAUUUGGUAACGUGAAUGCCCCAUACGAAGAGGGCAACAUGUUGUCACAGGUGGAUGCUGCUAAACGCAUUAAUGCUAUAGAAAUGGAUAUGGCGAGAUAUGGUAUUCAGCACAGUUAUUUAUCAAUGAAGAACUUGUUGAAAGCGCUUGGAGCAGAGGGGAUGAUAAGAGAGCUGAUCCAGUAUUUGGACGUUGCAGAGAAUAUAUUUUGUCGUAAUAACAUUUAUCUGGGAACACCUAUUUAUAAUACGGUGCUGCAUUCACUUGUUGAGGCUAAGGAAAAUCAAAGGGCAAUUAAGAUAUUUAAAAAUAUGAAGUCAUUUGGUUUCCCGGCAGAUGCUGCGACUUAUCAUAUAAUGAUUGAUUGUUGUAGCAUUCUAGGAUGUUACAGAUCUGCUUGCGCAUUGGUCUCCAUGAUGUUGCGAGAUGGCUUUUAUCCACUAACAGUGACUUACACCAUUCUCAUAAAGAUUCUGUUGGAAGAUGAUGACAUUGAGGAAGCAUUGAAUCUUUUGGAUCAAGCCAGUUCAGAACGCAAUGAACUUGAUACCUUGCUAUUUAAUACCAUUCUUGAAAAAGCCUGUGAAAAGGAAGUGAUUGAGGUAGUUGAAUUUGUCGUUGAGUGGAUGCACCAAGAAAAAGUCCAGCCGGAUCCAGCGACCUGCCAUUUUGUUUUCUCUGCAUAUGCCAACAGUGGUUUUCACAGCACGGCCAUGGAAGCACUGCAGGUUUUGAGUAUGCGCAUGAUAUGUGAAGAAGAUGGCAGCUUUCCAGAAAAGGCAGAAUUUGAGGAUGACUUCAUCUUUGCUGAAGACUUGGAAGCUGAAUCACGAAUAGUACAGCUUUUUAAAGAUUCUGAAGAGAACCUUGCUGUUGCCCUUUUGAAUCUAAGAUGGUGCGCUGUGCUUGGCUUCCCAAUUUCAUGGUCACCUAAUCAAAGCCCAUGGGCCAGAAGACUGUCAUCUAACUACACUGCCAGGAAAGGAGCCACCUAAUCACGGUAUAUAUAUAGAUGGCAUUAUGACUCCAGUGAAUUUCCCUUUAUUAUUAUUUUUGGUUGUGGUCGGACGAAGCGCAAGGCCUCCUCAGGAAGAAGGGAGAGGGUGAGAGGCACAGAUGAGGUCUUGAUCUUUUACAGCUGAUUUUUUAGAUUUGUAUUAGGCUAGGAUAUUUGAGAAAAUUAGGGGAUGCCCUUUUAUCUUUUUUGGUUCAUUACGUUAUUUUGUAAGCUACUGCUUUGUAUAUUUAAAAGGUGAAAUCGUGCUGCAGUUCUCUAAACAAGAUCAACUGUGCCUAGGAGGAGGCGGCGGCAUGUUUUGUUGUUAAUUUAACAAAAAAAACACAAAAAAGCAUUGAUAUUUUCUUUAUGCUUUUAUUCUUUAGCAAGUAUGCUUUGACCGCUA